AUGGCUGGCAGUAGCGUUAAGCUUCUCAGAGGACAACAGGGAAUCCUGAACAGAGUGGUAGCAUUGGCUCUCGGCUCGACGUCAAAUGUUCUCGACAAUCCGGCCGGAAUCUACUCAUGGGGCCAAGAGUAUGAGCUGGCAAAGGAAGCACUGGCACGCGCCCACUCUCUGAUUCAAGACAACAAAGGUAAUCCCGAGAGGCCAUGGCUUCUUUUGGAGCUCUCUCACUACGAAGUCAUGGCUAGGCUAUGCUAUCAGACUGGCGCAGUUGACGAGGCUGUCGCGUAUGGGUGCAAGGCAUAUGAGCAUGCAGCCGAGCAUUUUCAGAGACGAGACAAGCACCAAUCACUAAGAGCCAUCCGAAACCUCAUCGACCUCUAUCGCUCGGCUGGCCGAGGAGAUGAAGCUGAGCGAUGGUGCGACAUCCUAAUUGCAAACAUGUCAAGAAAGAGGUAA